GUGAUGAGCGGCACUCAACAAAAAACAGGCAGUAGAGAGGUGCCAAUUAGCAAGAGACCUGAAAGACAAUCUUACUCUGCGCAAUGAACACAUCAUUUUUCCAGACCAGGGAGCUCCUCCAGCACAAAAAUCUGUCAAUGUUGCAUCUCGUCUCGCCUUCCGGGUUGCAGAAUUUUUUAAAUUUAUCCAAUUGAUACCUUUCAUAUCUCACUCGUUCGUAGAAGGAAAAAAAACAAUUUCAAAAUAGUGAUUCCAGUCACCGAGCUCCUGCCAUGGUGGAUCGAAAUUACCACCUGUUUCUUGCUCGCGUGUGCGAGCAGAGCGAGCGCUAUGAGGACAUGCUGGAGCACGUGAAUUCGCUGGUGACGAUGGGCACCGACCUGACGCUGGAGGAGCGAAACCUCUUCUCGAUUGCCUACAAGCACGUGGUCGGCGGUCGACGGACCGCCUGGCGGGCAAUCCAGGGCAUCGCGCAGCGCGAAAUAGGGGACGACAAAGAAGAGUUUCGGCAGAUAAUAGCCAGCUACCGACAAAGCAUAGAAAAAGAACUCAGAGACUUUUGCUACCAGGUACACCUAUUCAUGUUUGUAGUCUAUACCUUCGCACGUUUGCUUUGCUUUUUGGUUUCUGUAAUCGGAGUGGGGUUUUCAUGAUCGCAUCGGCAUCACAGUAUCGUGCACGUGCACGUCCGUGUAGCUUAUUUCUGCAAGACGUUCUCCCGAUCUUCUGUGUCUGUGCUUCAUCCUCAUCGUUCUCGUUAUAGUAUUUUUUUACGUUUUUUCCGCUAGGUACUCAAGCACAUUGAAGAUGAUCUCAUGCCCAUCGCCGCAGACAACGAGUCAAAAGUCUUCUGGCUGAAAAUGAGAGGUAUUGUUUGAUUGCUUGUUCUACAUGAAAUCGAAAAAAACAUACCCAUACGAUAAAAACAAGAUACUUAGACUUAUUAAAGCAAACUGAGUCAACAUCUUGUGGUGUUUCAAAAGUUAAGGUCCACCAACUUCUAAAUCCAGGUGACUACUGCCGGUACCUAGCAGAAUCACUCGAUGAUAACGACGCGCAUCACAAGGCAGCAGAAGAUGCCCACGAUAUCCGAAGCAAUCAUGACGAGUGUCUGGCAGCUUUUCUGGUCGCAUUUAGACCAAGUCCAAGAGCAAUGCAAGACUUGCUUGCUCUAGCGAAGACGCAGGGUAGUUGCCAAUAAAUGUUUGCAUGCUAGUACUCCACUUUUUUGCAAUCUUCUACUGUGCCUGCGUGUGCCACAUGUAUACCUAUACACCAAAUACACGACAAAUAUGGCUUAGUCUUAGUCUAGCUAUGAAGGCCCAGAAGCUGAGACCGCAGACACUUUCAUUUUUCCCGUUGGAUACGUGAGGCGUACAAACAGGCUUCAAGUCUCGCGUUGAACCAUCUACCGGCAAUACAUCCAAUUCGACUAGGCCUGGCUUUGAACUACUCGGUACUAUUUUGCAUAAAAGCAAGUACGAGAAAGUUGCUACGUACAUCAAGGUUACCUCUCUCACCAGGAAUGUUAACCAACGAUAUCUUCAUGAUCUCCCGCCCCUGGAGGGAAGGGAAGUCGUGAUAAGGGCCUGGCGCCCAGAUGCGCUACCUACCUGAGGCAGACGCAUCAAGUCUCGCAAACUAAGCGGCAGCACGCCGCUGCUCCUGGUGAGUAAUGUAGGGCGGCGCCCGCAAUCCAGCGCGCGCCCCCUCGCCCCUGGUGGGUGUUCUCUUCUUGAGGACGAGCCCAGCUCUGGAAGCUGGUGCGCCCUGUACUAUGCUCCUGGCGAGUGAGACGGCGGAGGGCCGUCCGCGUGCUUAACCUGAGCGGCACAGCGCCACACCGCGCCCGACCAGUCCGAGGCGGGCACUUUAGUGUGUUGCCGCGUCGUGUGCAAGGAGGCCCGGCAUGGCGUGCCCUCCCGGCGGCCUUGUGCCGUAUUGGUGGAGGCGCACCGUCGUACGCCCUACUGCCUCACGUAGUGCGCAGCACGCAGCCGGCGGCACUUGCCGAAGACUGGCGAAAACGGUGGGGCCUGCGCUAUUCUGGAAAGCCUGGGCUGGCACCCUUACCCCCCUGGCGGGGCCGGAAAACCGUUCCCGGGAGGCGGCGCAAGAGGCGGCGGAGGCUCCGCCUGCGUGAGCCCCAACCGCCACAGCUUGCGCCCUACAUUCUGCCCGUCCGGCAAUAGCCGGAUGUCCGUGGAGCCGCUCUGGAAGCGCACCUCCCUACGCACGUAGCGUAAUUAUUCUGUGUUAGUGCGCCCGGUGUGCACCCUCUGAAUAAUGCUGCUAUAAGGAGCCAGUGCUCGAAGCAGGGCAGCACAGCGCGCCCAUUUCCCUUCAUGCACGUUGCUCCCCUUCAGCUUCCACGACUUGAGGCCGUGUGUCGCGUUGAAGGGUUUUCGCACGUCCUGCUCCCACAGCCGUGCUGUCAGACGGAUCAUCGCAAGUAUAGCCUGGUCAAAGAGCGAGCGCCGCAUCUGUUUGAAACAAGAGCGGAGCAUAUACAUACAUACAUAUCUUCAUGAUCCAUUUUUUCUAUGUGUUCUGCACUUCUACAACGGGAAAAAAAAAGCGGAUACAAAUGCUUUCCAAAAUAACAAUAAAUCCAGGUCUUUUACUACGAGAUUCUGAACAGUGCGGAGCGAGCCUGCUUGCUAGCCAAAGCUGCGUUUGACGACGCCAUUCCGAAAAUGGAAAACCUUGACGACGAUAACUACAAAGGUACUAAUACGCAAUUUUCACCUCCGUACAUAAUUUUACAGGUCCUGAUCCUGUGAAUGCACUGCCACCAGGUACCUUUGCAUGAUUGCAAGCCUACGGGCCAACAUGGAUCAACAUGGGCAGAAACUAGUACCGUAGUCAACAUGCAUUCGCACUCCACAUCACAGACUCGGCGACCAUUAUGCAACUCCUGCGCGAUAACCUGACUUUGUGGACGUCAGACGUGCACCCCGUAUGACAGUGCAGAACUCCCCCUCCCCCUCAUUUAUAUGUUGGCAUGAACAGCAAUACAAACACCAGCACGAAUGGAGCCUGUGCAUGAAAAAUUUAUGUGCCCAAUGUAGGACUUCUAUUUGGGGUCCCGGAAUUAGUCAUGCAAACAGUGCCACAAGUCAGCGACUGGAUUUGGGAUUUUGCAUGACAAAUGAGCGGGAGGGGGAGUUGUGCACUGUCAUACCCCGUGAAUGAGGACCAGUUGAACGUCGAAGAUGUGGAGGCGUAA